AGCCAUAGGUACGGCUAAGACGCUUGAGGGAAACAAAAACACUAGUCCUACUCUAUUUGAUUAUUUGACGUGGUUAGAAUAGUUGGUCUGUAGGGCAGGUUUAGUAAAAUACAUUGACAUGUGUGUGGCUUUCAGGUGAAGCAAAGGUUUGCUUACUUGUGCUACAAGAGAAAUCAAUACAAUCAAGAUUCCAUUUUGUAAUUUCAACGCUUUGGAUUCGUAAAAUCGUACGUGUGUGCGUGUAAUUCAUGAUCACAGGUAACGGUGAAACAUUAAGUAGUCAAGAAUGCAGGUACACCUGCGCCCCCCCCUCCCCACCCACGUAACUAAUAUCGGGUUUCCGCUUCAGUGAGCUCAACAGAAGACUUUGUAGUGAAGCUUGGCAUUUGUAAAGAAUGUCAUGGUACCAGUUGUUGCUGGAGAGCAAUGUCGGGCCUUUGGUAGCAUCACCACAUUCUCCUGUCCACGACCAUGGCCAUUCGAUGAUGACAGCGAUGACAUCUACUGCUGUGAUAGUGGAACUGACUGUUGUGACGACUGCUGGGAGGCUGAUGACACCUCAUCUUGUACUGAUCACUGGGGCAACGCUGUGAACAGUGCAUUAAAUCUCGGUAUCGGCGCCAUGGUUGGGAUUAUUGUCGGCGUCAUCGUCAUCAUCAUCAUAAUCAUCGUGGGGAUAGUCCUCUGCUGUUGCGCGUGCGCCAAACAGCGACGGAACCCACCAGUGGCGUACCAGGCUUCACCACAAGGGCAGCAGGUGACCGUCAUGACUCAGCCGGGAGCUUACGGCGCCCAGCCCGCCCAGUACCAGCCUCCUGCUGGUCAGCCGGAGAAAGCUGGUUACCCAGGCCCCCCUCCUGCCUACCCACCGGCUGGUGCACCUUACCCGCCGGCCGGAGCACCUUACCCCCCGGCUGGAGCACCUUACCCCCCUGCCGGAGCGCCGUACCCCCAGGGAGGAGCACCCUACCCCCAGGGAGGAACACCAUAUCCCACAGAUGCGGCGUACCCUCCCCAGAAAGCUUAAAAUCAUUUUAUCACCACAAAUUUCGAUUCGGAUGCAAAUUUUAAUACCCCCAUACCAGGAACAUGACAUGCAAACCACCCUAGCCUGCAUUACACAAGAGUACCAAAUAAAUCUCAAUGAAGGUGUAGUAAAAUAGUAACAUUAGUUUUAAGUUUUUUAAAGGCUCCCGAAGGACGUCAAAUAACAGCAUACGGCAUAGAAAAGUGUUUUGGAUACGUUACUUAUACUUUUGUAACGAUAAUGACACACUAGAAUAGUCCUAUUACUCCUAUAUGAUAUGUGUUGUAGCCAAAAAUGUUUGACCAUACUAGUACUGUAUGUUGUGUUGUUAACACGAUUUCCCUCUGUACGUGCCUUAAAUCUUAUCAGUGUACUGGUAUGUUGCCAAUGCCCAGAGGGUUUAUGUCAGGGUCAGGGAAGUGGCCUUCGUCGUGCCGAAGUAUGACUCAGCCUUUUGUCAUGUAUUUUACUAAGAUAAAUCUAAUUUUAACUGGGGAGACAUUUGCAUUCAGUCAUCGCGAAACUCGUUUUCACAGAUUAAAAAAUAAUCUUUCACAUGAAUAAAACGCAUGUUUUAACUAUUAACCUCAAAUGAUUUGCACGGCAGAAUGUUUUGAAAGAGCACGCUCUCGUUGCGGUACUUGUAGUUUAUGUUAUAAGGAUCAAUAUUGUCAUCAGAAUGGAUAGAAGAAUAUUAGAGAAAUUCAGAUUUUGAAAGUCAGAUUUCUAUUUCUAUGAAUUAUCGGAAUAUGUGUUUUAAUGUAAAGCCUAGCCCAGCUAGCUCACUACAGGUACGUAAUACUGUGUUCAUAAGUCGUUGUAGCAUUGCGUUUGAAUAAACUUACUUGUUAGAUGCAAA